GGUAUUUCGUGGCGCUUUGGGCGCAGCUCUAUUGCUGAAGAAAACAUACAAUUUAGGUUUUUAAAUCAAAACAAAAUGAGUCAAUAUAGCCACGUUAAGUAUACGCAAUCGCCAACGCCGUCGGUGGUGUCCGGCUACUCGAGCGCCUCGCGACUCCACUCGCCGCUGCCGCCGCCGGCGAACCAUCGGAGGGACUGCCUCUCGGCGACCACAAAGAGCUACAAAUAUCUGCGACGUCUGCUCAAAUUCAAUCAGAUGGACUUCGAGUUUGCCCUGUGGCAGAUGCUCUACCUGUUUAUAGCGCCCCAAAAGGUGUACCGGAACUUUAAUUACCGGAAACAAACCAAGUCACAGUUCGCCCGCGAUGAUCCAGCUUUUCUAGUGCUCCUAGUGGUCUGCCUAUGUGUCACUUCUUUGGGCUUUGCGUAUGUCCUGGGCCUCUCCUUCUGGCAGAGCAUCUCCUUCAUCUUCUACGUGGUGUUCGUGGACUGCAUCUUUGUGGGCAUCAUCAUAGCCUCGUUCUUCUGGGCGGUAACGAAUCGGUAUCUGCGGACAAAUAGUCUGGAGCCGGACAUCGAGUGGGGCUACGCCUUCGAUGUGCACUUGAAUGCCUUCUUUCCGCCACUGAUGCUGCUGCACUUCAUCCAGCUGUUCUUCUACAAUUGGCUGAUAAGCCAAACGUGGUUCAUCUCACGCUUCCUGGGCAACACCUUCUGGCUGCUGGCCAUGGGCUACUAUGUGUACAUCACCUUCUUGGGCUACAAUUGCAUUCCCCAUCUGAAGAACACUCGCAUUAUACUCAUCGCCCUGCCCAUCAUCUUCCUUUUGUAUCUGGUCGUCACCAUAAUCGGCUGGAAUGCCACGAUAUCCUUUGUCAACUUUUACAAGUAUCGCGUUUAUUAAUCGUGUGAUGUGUGCAUUGUAAAUUAUUCUGCGUUUAGCUGCUAAGCACUACACUACAAUUAUGACUAAUAAACUAAUUAAUUUAACAUUA